AUGGUAUCACUACCACCGCCACCGCCGCCGUCAGCGUCGUCACCGCUGUCAUCGCCGAAACCGUCGUCACCGCUGCCACCGUCGCCGUCAUCAACGGUAACGACAGCGGGGCAAGUAGAGCGAGCAGACACCGAACACAGCGAACCUGAGGCUAUAAACGCAGCACACCUAGUAAAACUGCCGCCGUUUUGGAAAGAAAAUCCAGUGUUAUAUGGUUCACGCAGAUCGAAGCAGCAUUCGCUAUAUCCAGAGUUACAGGCGACGAGACGAAGUUCAGAUAUUCUGGCCACGCCGCCGAUUGCAAACAAGUACGAAACUCUUAAGCAGAGAAUAAUAGGAUCGUUUGAUGAAACCAACGAAUCCAAACUGCGGAGAUUGCUACGUGGAAACGAGCUCGCGGAUGAGAAACCCUCAAGCUUCCUGCAGAGACUGCGAAAUCUUUCAGGGAGUCAGUGCACCGACGCAGUACUUAGAACAUUAUUCUUAGAGCAGCUGCCUGACAACGUACGUAGUAUCUUAGCCAUAAGUGAAGUUACAGAUUUGUCGAAAUUAGCAAUGCAAGCUGACAAAAUCACGGAUAUGUCAAGAGUUAGUGUAACACAAGUCAAUGCCGUUGCAAAAUUGCCACAUUCGGGAGAAGCUACCGCAUCUUGCGAACUCAAGGCUGCGAUUGAUGCAAUUGCAGAGCAACUAAAAGAGUUACGCAGUGCACAACAGCGAGACAGGUCCAAAAGUAGAGGACGUGACAAGUACGCGCGCAGGAAUAAAUCAAGAUCAAAAUCUCAAGAGCAUCACGAAUCCAAUACAUGUUAUUACCACCGGAAGUUCGGGCAGAAAGCGUUCAAAUGCUUAUUACCAUGUGAGUGGAAAGAUCCCAAGGCAGCGAUCGCGGAAAACUAA